AUGGAAAAUAGCGCGAGCGCUUCUACAGCGCUCGUCCGAAAAAGAAAUGACCUGGAGUUGAUGCCCCCUCCGCCACCCCCGAAGCGGAUCAAGAGACCAAAGAAAGUUAUCGACGAGGAUAGCUACACCGAUGCGCUAUCGCAGAUUAUUGCCCGAGACUUCUUUCCCGGGCUCUUAGAAAGCGAAACACAACAGGAAUACUUAGAUGCAAUAGAGUCUAAGGAUGCAGCAUGGAUCUCGAGCGCAAGCCGACGCCUUCAGCAAGUCAUGACCCCGGGACGUCACAAUACAAGAAGAGGAACAUCAUUGGCUCCAGGCGCGCAAACUCCUAGAAGCUUUGUAGGUGAUACGCCGGUAUCAGUGGCUUCGGAAUCUACUGUGUCCAGUUUGAAGGAGAAGGACGAUAUCGAUACGAAUAUGAGUCUAGGAGCCUUUCAGGCCAAAUAUACGAGCGAGGAUAAUGAGAGCUUUUACAAACUUCUCGAUAAGCAAAAUUCAAAGAAGGCUGAAAAGUAUGCGUGGUUAUGGUCAGGAAACAAGUUACCUUCCAAGAUGCAGUUGAAACAAAAACAAAUCGAAGCAAAGUUGGCGGAGUCGCGGAGUUUGACAGACGAUGGGUUCAAGAGGGACCGUUUAGCUAUCAAGGAUCGAGAGGAGAGACCUGCGCAACCGGAUACGUGGAAGUCGUUGCCAAAUAACUCGUUGAUGUUUAUCCCCGAAAGCGUAGAGGAUUCUAUGGAGACCAGGAUACAAAGGGCAGAGACUGAAUCUCGAGCCGCCCCGAAGGGUGUCAACUAUGAGAACACUAGAUUACCGGGGUUGAAGGUUGGCGAUGACGAAUUCGUACCGUCAUCCCCAUCACUCUCCGCCGUCCGAGAUGCUAUUGCAGGAAAACGAGGAAUGAGCGAGCUGGACUCGACUACCGUGGGAAGCGAAACACCGAGAGUAAACGGGUAUGCAUUUGUGGACGACGAGGAGCCAGAAUAUGAACCACCGGCAGCACCGAAGAUCGAUCUUGGUCCCGGUGAUUCAACACCGAACCCCUUUAUCAUCAAGGAGCAGAGCAAACGGGAGGCCCUUCAUCAUCGCAUGGUUGACCGGAUCUCACAGUCUAAGAGAACGUCUUCCAAGAUCGGCUUGACUGGAAAAGUUGAGAAGACACCUGUCCCGAAAUUCCCAAGCAGUCCCCGUGUCACAGGUGGGCUGACGCCGGCAGCGCAACGGCUCUGGAGUCAGAUUGGAGGGAGUGGUGGUGCUACACCUCGAACGCCUUUCGGAGGUCAAGGCACGCCGAUGAGAGGAAGAAGCUCCAAGUUGAAGCAUGUGCUGAAAUAA